AUGCGCGACCUCGACGAAUCAUGCGAAUCCGACGACAAGAAUCUCUACGUCAAUGAUGCGAUGCACGCUCGGCAGCAGCGCUUUGAGGCUUUGACGGCCGUCAUCAUUCCGCGACGAGUCACUAGCGGAUGUUAUUGGGAGGGACUGGCUGUGCCAUUCACCUCUGGAACGACUGUUGGACGUGAAUUCGCUCCAGGUCGUCUCACAGAAUACGAGGUCAUCGGGCGCCACCUGCCCACCGAGGCUAACCCGACUCCGGCCCUGUACCGCAUGACCAUCUUCGCUCCCAACGUCACGGUUGCGAAGUCCCGUUACUGGUACUUCUUGCGCGGCCUGAAGAAGGUCAAGAAGGCCACUGGUGAGAUCGUCAGCGUCAAGGAGAUCCACGAGAAGCACCCCCUCAAGGUCAAGAACUUCGGUAUCUGGAUCCGCUACGACUCCCGCUCCGGCACCCACAACAUGUACAAGGAGUACCGUGAGAUGUCCCGCACCGACGCUGUCGAGGCUCUCUACUCCGACAUGGCCGCCCGCCACCGUGCCCGCUUCAGGUCCAUCCACAUCCUCAAGGUCGUUGAGCUCGAGAAGGCCGACGAUGUCAAGCGCCCUUACAUCAAGCAGCUCCUCACCAAGGGCCUCAGCUUCCCCCUCCCCCACCGCGUCUCCAAGAUCAGCAACCAGAAGAUCUUCAGCGCGAAGCGCCCCAGCACUUUCGCAUAA